AUGGCUUCAUCUUCGCUACCUCGGAUCACGGUUUUGGGCUCCCUGAAUAUUGACCUAGUGUCCUAUGUUCCCCACCACCCAGAGCCCGGCGAGACGCUCACCUCGUCGUCUUUCGCUGUGUCGCCCGGCGGCAAGGGCGCCAACCAAGCGGUAGCAUGCGCCAAGCUGUCGCGAUCGCACAGCUCCGCCGGCACUGGCAGCGACGAGGGCGCCAGCGCACACGUCAGCAUGGUCGGCGCGGUCGGGACGGACAGCUACGGCGAGAUCCUGCUGACGAACAUGUCGUCGCACGGCGUGGACGUGUCGGCGGUCGAGGCGCGCGCGGGCCUCAAGACGGGCAUCGCCAUCAUCAUCGUGGACCAGCCGACGGGGCAGAACCGCAUCGUGCUGUCGCCCGAGGCCAACCACGCCCUGACGCCCGCGGACUUCCGCCCCUCGCUGGCGAAGCUCGGCCCGCGCCCCGACCUGCUCGUCAUGCAGCUCGAGAUCCCCUUUGAGACCGUCAUGCAGGCGCUGCGCGCGGCCAAGAGCGACGGCGUGCCCGUGCUGCUGAACCCGGCGCCGGCGCAGCCCCUGCCGGCCGAGGCGUUUAGCGGGCUGGCGCACCUGGUGGUCAACGAGACGGAGGCGGCAAUCUUGUCGGGCAAGGACGUGAGUGAGCUAGAUACCCUCGAGGGAAUGGAGCGAGUGGCAGCUGUCUUCAUCGAAAGGGGGGUCGAGACGGUCAUUAUCACUCUUGGAGGCCGUGGUGUGUACUACAUGAAUAAGGGGGGCGACAAGGGGCUAUUGCAGGCGGAAAAGGCCACAGUCGUGGACACAACAGCAGCUGGCGAUACGUUCGUCGGCCAGUAUGCUUUGGAGGUUGUUGCUUCAGCUGGAAAGAAGUUUGACAUCGUGGCUGCUGUCCAGAAGGCGAAUCAUGCUGCGGCGAAGACGGUGGAGAGAAAGGGAGCACAAGACUCGAUUCCGUGGAGGGAUGAGUUACAGUAG